AUGGAUAAAAACGAUAGAUUCCUCUCCUCUGACGAGAAGCUGCUGGAGACCGGGCUAUUCUCUGAUGUCGUUGUCAAGUGUGGAGACAAAGAGUGGAAGCUUCACAAGGCCAUUCUGUGCACCCGCAGUGUCUGGUUCGAGAAGGCCCUGACCGGGCAGUUUGAGGAGGCGACCAGCGGUGUUAUUACCAUCCAGGACUUUCAGCCCGAGGCUGUCGAAUGGGUCAUCCGGUACAUCUACACUGGGGUCUGCGACAUUGCCACCCUUCGGGGCCCUGAGAAAAUGACCAUGACCAACUUUGUCACAUGCUUCGAGGUUCACAGCGUCGCCGACUUCUUUGCCCUGAGCCCACUGGCCAAGAUUGCUCUCGACACUCUGACCGCUGAGUUCGAUACCAAACUCCCCGCCAUCCAACUGCAACAAGAGUCUUGCAAAGAGUGGCUCCCUGAGCUCUGCGAGGCCAUCCGCCUGGUCUACGAAGACAUUCCCAUCAGCGACACGGCCGUGACCUCUAUUCGCAAGGCGUUCGUGUCGUUCAUUCACACGGCUCGGUACUAUUUCAUGAAGGAGCCUCGGUUCACCAAGUUUCUCGAUGAGGAAGCUCCGCUGUUGUCUUUGGACUUGUUUCGAGCAAUGAGAGCAACGGGAGACUUCAUCGCCCACCCGCUAGACCCGUACUGCUCUUUUUGCAAGAACAAGCCCAGCCGAGCAGAGAAGGGCUACUACACCCAUAUUGCCCCGGAGCCGCUCAAGCUCACUGCCUGCUGCUCAAACUGCGCUGUCAAGAAGGACUUUCCCAGCGGCAUGCAGGACUGGCUUGCGAAGGAUACUCGUGCUUUGGGUUAG